GUCGGUCGUGAAGAUGAGGACAUUUUGUGGGAGCGUCUAAGGAGGUGUGCCAUUGCAAUGGUGGAAGGGCAACCAUCUACCGCACAUUGUGCACAACGUUUGUCUUUCCACUCUGACGGAGCUCCGAGUGACGACUGUCGUGCUGCGUCUUCUGGUUUGUCACCCAUCACCUCUGUGAACCACGUUUCCAGUGCUUCUCGGACGCAGAGGGGGGGGGCUGCCACCACACGACCUCUGUCAGACGUGGGCAUCGGAGGACGUGGGUCGUCGUCAUCUCCGGUCCCUCAUGGCAGUCCGCAUACCCCUAGCAUGGCAUCUCGACAUCAUGUGCCAUCAGAGUACUUGAUCAACCGGCUAAUUCGGGACAUUAAGGAUGGCGUUUCCCCCUCUCCAGUUGCUGCAGACACUGCAGCGGCCUUCGCAGUCGGUGGCAAUGCAGCUGCCCCUGCACGAACACCUCCUCGCCAAUCUGUUGAUCCGACGCCUGUGAAUCGCACACCCACCCGGGGCGGUGGCCGCGGUGAAUGUAGCCAAAGCCCUUCGGGUGCAGUCCGUGAGGUGGGGACUUCUCCUGCUGCAGGUCCUCAGGGACAACAAGGUCGGGCGUUGGCACUUGAAAAGAAUAAGGACCGUUGGGGGGAGGAUGAGACUGCGUGGUUGUGCCGGUUCCGCAAUGAGGUGAAGUUGCAGAUGAAUGAGGAUACAGAGGCAUACGGACGGGCAUGGUUGAAGGCAAACUUCUGGAAGAACGUGGAGCUGCGUAUGAAGGAGAAGGGUUACAAUCGCGAUCACGAGCAGUGCAAGAACAAGUUCAACCAAGUCAUAGAGUACUACCGCAGACUGAAGUGCCAUGAGCGAUGGUCCAGAUUGCCGAGCUAUUGGGACAUGAACAGCACGGAAAAGAAGAAAUACAAUGUCGAUUUCGUACUACGUCGAAGUUGGUAUGACAUCAUAGACUCCGUUGAGAAGGACACAGACUCUAUAAACCUCACGUAUUUGAGGGACAGCGGUGACGACCCUCGGCGGCAUACGGAGACUGACGACAUGGCGGAUGCGGAUGGACAGACGGAGGGGGUGAGCGAUGACCUUGGCAGAGGAAGUGGAGCUGCAUCCGGCGGGACACGAUCGACAACUUUCGAAUCCACGCUCGGGAAGCGGAAAAGAGCGGUUUCGAAUGCGCGUGAGGCCAGCGUGCAAGCGGUGACAAGCGCAAUGCGUGACCACACGACUUCGCUCACACGAUCCGAUCGAGAGUGCGCGAAGAUGCGCUGUGAAACCACUCCUGAUGUGAAAAAGCAACAGGCUGAACUGGCUACACAGCUCAUGCAGCAGGAAUUAGCUGGGCGUGAGAGGGUGGCCAGCAUUGUCGGGGGUAGGGUCGAGAGUGGAAUGAACCGCCUGGCAGAUGCCAUUGUAAUGAAUGGAAUGAACCGCCUGGCAGAUGCCAUUGUAAUGAUGGCAUCCCGAAGGAGGAGUCAUUCGCCUAAUGAUCCCACUCGUGAUGACUCUGAGUAAGGU